AUGGCACCUUAUGCUCAUCUGGCGGUUUAUAAAGUAUGUUUUGGUCUAGAUUGGCCAGAGAGUGACAUCUUAACCGGGCUUGAUGUUGCAGUAGCUGAUGGAGCUGAUGUGAUAUCAAUUUCUAUUGGAGAAGAAAACAUGCCUUUUUUUCAAGACAACAUUGCAAUAGCCUCAUUUGCAGCUAUCCAAAAAGGAAUAUUUGUGAGUUGUGCAACAGGGAACUCAGGUCCGUUCAAUGGCACUGCAACAAAUAUAGCUCCAUGGGUUCUAACAAUUGGUGCUAGCACAACUGACAGAAAAAUCAAAGCCACAAAAAAACUAGGAAAUAAUAAGGAAUUUGAUGGUGAAUCUUUAUUUCAGCCAAAAGGCUCCCCUUCUUCUACACUUUUACCACUCGUGUAUGCUGGUUCUAAUGAGUAG